AUGUCGCCAGCCAUUCAGCGACAGCGACAUCCAAUUGGUACGGUCAGACAUGGAGCUGGAGGGCAACUGGAUGAGUUGCUGGAUGACAUGGAGGAAAAUUCUGAGUACGUGCACCUGGUGACUCAUCAUCAAAGAAGGUACAGAAUCUCUCCGGAGGACAUGGUGGCUUUUAUGGAGAAGCUCUGUGGGAUCUGCAUGCCAAUUCUGAUGGCUGCAGGCGGAUCCUCGGAGAUGGCGACGUCGAAGCUGCAACGCUUGCAGAGGGAGCUGAAAAAAACCAAGGAGGAUCUAAAGGCGAAACUUGUGCAGUGCAAUCUGAGUGCAUUGAAGCAAUUGGACUUAGUCAAAGGAGGCACUGGAAAAUGGGAUGACAAGGUGACUUUUUAUGAGCCUAUGAAGUACCUGAAUGAAGAUGAGAAAGAUAUGGUCUUUAUGGUAGUCAAGGACAAGCUUCGUCAAAUCUUGGACGGCACAGCGCCUGACUCCUUCAUGGGAAAACUGCGAGAGUCCUUGGGAAUGGCAGAUCCAGCCAAGCUCCUCAAGAAACAGGGCUCGAGGUCUGCUUCAGCCAAGGAGGAAGAGGAGGAGGACUUCGCCAACCAAGCUGUUGAGAUUGCUCGCAAUGCGGCGAAGAAAUCGCAGGAAGUGGCCGCCUUGGCCCAGCGGGAAACGGAGGAGCUGAAGAAACGCCUGGUGCAACUGCAGCAGCAGCUGGACGACCGAGGUACCGAGUUGACAGAAGCUCAACAGCUUUUGGCGCAGGGUGAGCGGUACCGACAGCAGCUGCUCUUGGCCAUGGAUCGCUUGAAGGAGCAACAGCUCGAGCCAGAAGAGGCCAGCUUUGUGAUGUCGGAGCUUUCCAAAUCCACGGAAGGCUUUCAGGUGCUGUUUGAAGACAUGCCAGAGGACUGCACCUUCCUGGAAGUGGCUCAAUGGCAUGAGGCCACUCUGGGUCCCAGUGCUACCCCGUUGGCCUUGGAACUACACCACGAUCCGCGGCGGCGCCGCAGCAGCGUGGUCUGCAAGUACGCCAAGGAGGCGCAGGCUGAGGCCGCUGUGCGACAGUUGCAGAAUUCGGCGUCGAAGAGUGGCAAGUGGUCCAAGGUUCGUGCGCGCUUACUUCCAUCGCAGACCUCUGACUCCACAGUCACUCCUCAGGCAAUGAACAGGAGUCGCACGGGUGAAUCCUGGCGUUCAAAAUCCAACGUGACACGCAGCUGGAGCCAAGAUCUGCGCAAGAAGGAUCCACCAGAUGCGGAAGACGAUGCUACGGAGCCACUUGUUACGCGCAAGGGGGCCGACUUCCCAAAGAGUCAUGGUGACUCGCAGUCACGGCUGUCUCGGAGCAAAUCUGCUGUGAAACUGGAGGAAACGCAAGCGGAGAUUGGCAAGAAAGCGCAGAAGAUUGAGGAGCUGACAGAGGAGAACAAAAAACUGAAAGUUUGUUUGGAAGAGCUCCAAGCCAAGCUGCGACAGCUGAUGGGCAAGAGCAAAGAACGAGGAAUUGGGGACGAGAUCAGCGAGAUUGCCAAUGACCUCGGUUUGAAGCGAGUCCUGUCCUGCCCAUCUCGCUUUGACAUCCUGUACCAGGAUGCCUUCAAACGCAUUGAACGCUUGGAAGAACUGCGGGCGAAGAUUCGGGAGGAGCGCCAUUGGAUGCAGGGACCGCCUGCCCCUGCAGAGCCGUCGGUGCUGAGUUUGGUGGAACGUAGUCCACUGGUGAUUUUGCAGCAGCUUGUAACGACUGGUCCGGCGGGCUGGUCAUUGUCCAGCGGUCACAGCCCGAAACGUGCACAGCGUCCACGCCCGUCACCUCUGGAGCACGAGACGCCCAGCCUCUCACCGAAGACCUCCAAAUCGAUGUCGAAACUUCCGCAGCUUCCACGCCUCGAGGGCCCAGCGACGGGUGCGUUGGUGUCUGGCUUGAAGGAGUCUGCUUCAACUCCUUGCCUCAGAGCCAUGCAAACGCCAAUCCAUCCAGUCCAUCCAAUCCAUCCAAUGGGAUGGGAGGCCGACAGAAGAGUUGGCGUCCACUGGAAGCAGGCUGAUAGGAGGGUGUUGGUUUAA